UCCCGCCUGGCUGCUCAAUGGGCUCCUCAACCUGCCUGAUUCCCUGUAGGAGGACUGACGGACCGAGGGAGGCAGGCUGCCAGGGAGGGGUUGCCAGCAACCUCAUCACGAUACUGCGCGGUGAGCCGUCUAUUAGUGAACCAAAGCGCGCGCCCAUCAGCUGCUUCGCCGAGCCCUCACGUCAUUCUGACCGCAUCCAGUCUAUUCGUUUCCGAGGGGAAAUCGCACUUUUGAUGGCAGUUUGGAAGCCUUGGCUGCGCUUCGUGCAGGCUCGAUCGGGGAGGAGACAGUACAGCGCGAGGUGGCUAACGUUAGCUCGCUAACAAGCUGCCGGGCAUGGCUGUCUAACCAGCUGCCAAAGACCCCUCUUGAUGGAUCCCAGAGGACAACGAAAGGAAAAACACAAUCAUUGAGCACAGCCCAUAACAAGGGAAUCUGACCCCAAGUGUAUCAUCUGACUGACUUCGGUGCAUGUGGCCUCCUAAGUCGUUCUUCAACAUCUGCUAGGCAGCAAAAGGGCCUGCUGCUACGCAACAUAAAAUGGGCGGCGGGGAAGCCGGGAUGUGUUGGACUUUCUCGCUGGUGAUCGGACUUCUGAUAGCCACGGCCCUGGAUGCUGCGUCGGAACAGCAAGACACAGAGGUGGAGAGGGUCACCAUUGAAUUGGAGGCUUCCAUGCAGUCUUUCAUGCUCUCCGACCUUCAGUCUGUUGCUACGGCCACGGCACCGCCACACUCCUCUGUGAACGAUGAGGAUUUGCAGCCUGGGAUCCCGGAUUCCUCGGCCAUUGUGGGCCAGGUGUUCCAGCUGAGGAUUCCACUAGUGCCUGAGAACGCCAGCUGUAAUCUUCACGUAACUGAGAUGGGACGGACGGCGCUACCGCAAUGGCUCUAUUGGGACAAAGAGAACUGUAUUCUCAGAGGCCUAGCCCUGGAGCAAGAUAAAGGUGUGUAUCAUAUCGCCGUGUCUGGACGAGACACAAGCGUGACGACCGGCAGCCGAGAUUUUCCCAGUACGGUCUUCUCGAUUGAAGUUCACCCCGAGGAACGAGCAGACACGGAACCGUCCCUGCUCGCGCUGCAGUCUGAUCCGAGUGGCCUACAGCCCUUCACUUGUGGCCCCGAGGAGCCCGUCACGGUCCUCACUGUCAUACUCGACGCCGACUUGACAAAGAUGGUUGCCGAGCAGAGGGUCACUUUACUGUCUGUGAUGAGAAGAUUCUCGCAUGUUCCCGUUGAGCACAUGAGGGUCGUCCCUGUCGUCAACAACCGCUUAUUUGACAUGUCUGCUUUCGUGGCGGGGCCAGGCAAUGCCAAGAAAGUGGUGGAGAACGGAGUUCUGCUGUCGUGGAAACUUGGAUGCGCCCUUGAGCAGGGCAAUAUCCCCGACAUCGGCAUUGUCCAGUCCUCCGCAAAGGAUGGAACCAUGUCAGCCAGGCUGGCGUACCCAGUGGUCGGUUGGCACAUUGCCAACAAGAAGCCUCAUGCGGUGAAACGUGUCAAGCGACAGUUGUACAACACCCCCACUCCGGUGCCCUCCCUUCUCCCUCCCACCACUUACCCGGAACCCCCUGUUCGUGUUGUUCCCAGCCCGACUUCCCCCUCAAUCGCCCCCGCAACAGACAACUCUGCACCACCUGUCCGCGGUCCCUUACCUCUUCCCGUCAAGCCCACCAUGAGGGUCCGAGAUCAGAUAGCCCACACGCCUGUUUUUGGUCCCUCUCAACCCGCCAGGGCAGUGGGAUCGACCAGCACCGUGACCAUCCAACCUACCAUGACCAGGCCUACGUUUGUGGAAGCCACCGCCUUCCCCACGCCACCGAGCACCACCAAAAAGCCAAAACCUUCGGGCACCAGGAAGCCAAAGAAGCCCAAAACCUCAACCCCGGCUCCCAGGGAACCCAAAUCCACCACGACAAAACCACCGAAGCACACCACCACGCUUUCCUUGGCUCCAGACAUCAAUAGUAUGCCAGAAAUCCGCAACCCAAUCGACCAGGUCAACGCGUGGGUUGGCACGUACUUUGAGCUGAAGAUUCCUCCUGAUACAUUCUUCGACAAAGAAGAUGGCACCACCGACAAGCUGCGUUUGACUUUGAAGCAUCCCCCCAGGGAGCCAGUCAGUGAAACAUCCUGGAUUCAGUUCAACAGCACCAUCCAGCUUUUGUAUGGCCUUCCUGAGGAGCAGCACCAGGGCAAACACGAGUACUUCAUGUUGGCUACUGAUAAAGGUGGGCGGAGUGUCAUGGAUGCGUUUGAGGUUCAAGUCAACCGCUGGUCAAGCAACGACAAACCGUCAGUGGUUUUUGCCGCACGUUUCCACGGCGACCCUAAAAGUGUGAGCAGUGACAUCCACAAAAAGAUUCUUCUGACAAAAAAGUUAGCUUAUGCUCUUGGCGAUCGCAAUAGCAGCACAGUGACCCUACAAAGCAUCACCAAGGGCUCCAUCGUGGUGGAAUGGACCAACAAUAGUCUGCCGCAGAGUUUCUGUCCGAAGGAGCAGAUCACAGCUCUCAGCAACAGGAUUGCCGAUACGCAAGGCGCACCUAAACCAGCCUUCGUUAAAGCGAUGGAGCCCGAAUUUAAACCGAUUAACGUCUCUAUUCGCGGCGCAAAUAAAUGUCAAAGCGUCACAUUCGUUCCACCGGGAGAGGUUGCGCCAGUUCCCGAUCUACCCACCGCCACACCGUCGCCUGGGACGGAUCGUAGAAGCAGCGACGACGUCUACCUGCACACGGUCAUCCCCGCGGUCGUGGUCGCCGCCCUCCUUUUAAUCGCUGGCAUCAUUGCCAUGGUGUGCUACCGCAAGAAGCGCAGAGGGAAGAUGACCAUGGAGGAACAGGCCACCUUCAUCAAAAAAGGAGUUCCCAUAAUAUUUGCCGAUGAGCUGGACGAUUCCAAGUCCCCGCCGUCCUCCAGCAUCCCCCUCAUCCUUCAGGAGGAAAAGCCACCGCUUCCUCCCCCGGAGUACCCCAACAUGGCUGGUCCCCACAGCACCUUACUGAACCAGGAUUUGUUGGAAGAGUAUUCGGUGUAUCAGGACGACGAUCCCAACGCGCCUCCUUACCAGCCCCCGCCCCCUUUCACCGUCCCCAUCGAAGGCAAAGGCUCUCGCCCCAAGAACAUGACCUCCUACAGGUCGCCGCCCCCGUACGUGCCCCCCUAACGCUCAGUGGAUCUCUCCAUUUGGAAUUCAGGUGCACUGUAGGGAUGCUCGUACAAAACUACCGCAGACGUAACUUGACAUUUGGAUUUCAAUGAAAUGCAGGCAACCAUGCAUAUAUUUUGACCAUCAUGGAUUAGAUGAUUCCGCGUUCUCCGACUGUGACUGGCAAAAAAAAAAAAAAAAAAAAAAAAAGAUGGAGAGCACUUUUUAAUUCCGUUACUCUGUCUCACUCUCUCACUUUGUUCUUCAGCUCUGCUUUUGACGAUUUCCAAACGCUUUGUCUGUUUUGCUGAGAAGAAGAAUCCAUUUUAUCUCAACGAUGUACUAUUUCUAUUGUAUAGAAAAUAUUAGAUCAGGAGACACGGAAGCCCUUUGGGCCUUGAUGCAGACCCGUGGCUCUCCCGUGACGUGCUGUUUGAGAGCUGUAUCAGUUGUAUCUGUCCCCAGUUUGGUUUGCAAAGAUUUUUGAGGGGAACUGGAACACCACAAGCCAAACUCAAAGCAUAAAAACACACACAAAUUCUAAACAAACAAACAAAAAAAUCAUUCACGCCUUGCUUCUUGACAGCAAUGGCUUGUUCCACAUCUCGACACACAAUCGAGUAGUUUAGUCAAAUAAGAAUCAAAUUAUAGUUUUAAUUACAUUUUUAAAUUUAGACAAGACAUCAUCUUGGUUGUUAUUUUCAUGCCACUUGCCAUGUGACAUGUUUUGUGUUGCUAUGGUGAUGACUGGCCUGGGAGGCUGUUUGGUCAUCAAUGAAGGUGGCUAGCGGAAUGCUGCUUCACUGCAGGGGGACAUUUUAGCACAUUACACUCCAUUGACAACUUCUUAUUGGCUAUGAAGAAUUUCCAUUGCAACCUAAUACCUACUUUUAAAGUCUUUUUCAACACAAUUUCUUUUUGGGGGGGGGUUGGUCAUUCAUCAGUUCAAUUCUGUUUUUUUUCCCGUUUUUUUUCCUGCCAAAUCUGUUUUGGAAGUCGUAAAGGUGAAAUGUCAAACGUGAGUGUUGCUUUUCAGACAUGAACCCUCAACAAAGGUGAGGAUGAUUCCUAGUCGGGCUUACGGUGUGAAACGUGACAACAUGACAACGGGACGGACCUGUGAGCCCAGUGGAGAGGCACCGCAGUGCUCGACUUUGCCUCUUGGUGUCGAAACAUGGCCAUGUAAAUAAUUGUGUGCCUGUGAAAUUAAAGAACUCCAUCAUGUUUGUGUUUUAGCAGUCAACCUAGUUGGGAUCAGAAGGGCCACGGUGGGAAAUUAUUUUAUUUUUUAAUUGUAUGCUUAGAUUUAUGAUCACUCUCAUGAUAAUGAAUUUAAUAGUGUGCAGAAACGUUGACCUGCCCAUCACAAAGAAUUAGUAUCAUCUGAAGAGGAUUGCAACAAAUACACUAUGUGAAUUAUGUACAUUUCAUACCUGAUAGCACCAUUAGAAAAAUGUAAAAACAAAAAAAAAUCUGUUUUUACUGAGUUUUGAUACAGUCUUAAACUUGUUUUUAUGAAGGUAUAUUAAUAAAAUGUCCCACAAUUUGUAAAGCCUCAAGAA